GUGUCAGGUGUGGCGCAUGGCGGUAUGGCGGUAUACAGCGUAUGAUGAUGCUGGCAGCGAUAGCUGAGGUUCGUUGAUGGAUGGAUAGAUUUUAGGGGAAACCGCGAGGAGGCAGCGGCUAUCCUCUGGGAAAAUCUCUCGCUUGAGGCUUCUAUGCCCCUUCCAUGAAUCACUGACUUGCUUUCCUGUUCCCUUUCUCUCGCAAGGCUCUCUGAAAUUUUAACCAGUGAAAGCUCUGUUUGAAAUGAGCAAUAGUAAGAAGCUUUUCGUGGUUACUGGCGGCACCGGAUUCGUGGGCGUCGAACUGAUUCAUCAUAUCAUAGGGCAGGGUCAUCGGGUACGCGUGUUGGUUCGCACGCCUGACAAAACCUUUGAGGCCCUCAAGAAUGUCGAGUUUGCUUACGGUAGCGUCACGGAUCAGGAGCUAGUGAACAAGAGCUGCGAAGGUUGCAGCGGGAUAUUUCAUGUGGCAGGAGUGGUGGACCAUUCACGAUCUGCCGCACCUUAUGUGUACAAAGUGAACACUGAUGGCACACGAGUCAUCAUGCAAGCGGCGAUCAAGAACAAGUGCAAGGUUGUCUUUGUUUCCACGUCUGGAACGACUGCAGUGAGCAAGGAUGCUAAGCGAAUAGCAAGCGAUGAGACGGACUAUGCCAUGGACGUGAUCUCCAACUGGCCCUACUAUGACAGCAAGCGGCAGGCGGAAGAGCUCGCUCGGGAACUGUCCAAGAAGCAUGGGGUGCCUCUGAAGAGUCUGGAGUAUUAUCGUCACAAGAGCAUCUACAAGUUCCUCAUGAAGAAGGUGCCCUGGGUCCCCGGGGGUGGGCUGAACUUCUGUGACGUGCGCGACCUGGUACCCGCCAUAUACAAGGCCAUGGUCACUCCUGAAGCGAACGGGCGAACCUUCCUCAUCGGAGCCGUCAACAUGUCACUCGCCCAGUUCUUUCAGGCGCUGGAGAAACAGACCGGCAUCGCCGGACCGAAGCUCGUCGUUCCUUUCUCUAUCGGUUGGAGCACAAUCAGCGCUCUGAAUGCAGUUCGCAGGGUGGCAGGGAAAGACCCGCUCUUCGACAAAGUCGUCAUCGAGAUGGCUUAUCACUUCUGGUACUUCGACGCACACGCUGCUCAGGAGAUCCUCAACUUCAAGGCAAGAGACUGGCAGGUCACAAUCAAAGACUCGGUACAAUACAUCUGUGAACAUGGACACUUGAUGGGUCUGCCUCAUGGCGUGCCUGUUUUACCUGCCCCAAGGUCUAAGUUGUAAUGACGCAUAUCAGCAACAGCGAUUAGACUUGUAAUGACACAUAUCAGCAACAGCGAUCAGACUGUAUUUACCAGCUCACCAGCUUUCAUGUCUUCUCAAGAUUCAUUUCUCGUGGCUUUCAGGGUGUUUUUUCUUAGCAAUUCAAGUUAUAUACACUCACUCUUCAGCAGU